UGCCGUUCCAAUUUCGAGUGAUGGAAUAGAGCUAGGUGAAAAGUUAGCAACCCCAUUCUAUAAAUAAUAUCCUUGGUAAAAAAACACUAGUUAAAAAGUAGUAGUUAUCUCUAUGCCAAACUCUAGUUUAUUUGGCUUCAUGCGACGACUAUUUGAUCGGAUUUUUCAUCAAGCUAAGUAGAGAUAAUGAGAAGUAAAACCGUGAUGAAAAGGCUUGGUUUUUAAAUUUUGAGAUUGAAAAUUUUGGAGGAUGCGAUUUUAUCCUUUUCAACAUUUUAGCUUAUAGACUAUCAUUCUCAUUUAACACUCACUUAGUAUCUUCCGAAGAUUUUCACUUUUAUUCAUUCCAUCAACCCUCCUUAACAUUUUCAAAUUUGGAUGUGCGGUGGCAGUUUAGAAACGAUGAUUUGUAGUCAAGUUGGGCAUAUUUUCCGUAGUGAUUCGCCAUAUAAUUGGUCUGUUAAUGUAGAGGAUCCAUUAAAACGAAAUCUACUUCGUUUGACUGAGGUUUGGCUUGAUGAUUACAAGCAAUUUUUUCAUGAACGGAUCGGAUACAAACUAAUUGAAGGUGUUAAUGGUCCAUAUUGUUUAGAUGCACCAUCGCCUUUGGAUAAAGAUCCAGAAUCAAUGAUUAUCGAAGCUUAUCCAUGUCAUAAAGAAGGAGUUCUGGUUAUUGUCAAAGGAAAAACAAAUUAUUGUUUUGAUUCGGCUUUUGAAAAUCGUAGUGUUGGUUUACUCAUAUAUCAAACUUCAUGUGAAAGUCAAGAGUUCACCUAUGAAAUGGAUAACACUAUCCGUCAUCUAGGUCAGUGUUUGGAAAUCAAUCUCGAAAAAUCAACAGUGAAACUUGCUGAAUUUUUUGGAUCUGUAAAUCAACAAUGGAAAUUUAAUCGGAGGCCAUAUCUACCAUCUGUGAAUAGUCGGUAAUAGGUUGGAUGGAUUGAGCAUACUUUAUUACAGUCCCUGUUUCCUCAUUUCACGUUUAACUUAUCAGAUAUACAUAUUUAUAUCAAAAAUGUCUUUCUUUAGAUCUUGUCCACCGAAUAAAUGGAAACUGGUUCCACUACUGCAGAUUUCCUAAAUUUCCUUUUCCGAAAUAAACAAUAUUUUUCUAAGCAUUCGAAUUUUU